UCAUUGACACUGGAAAAUUAUCAAGGACACUGUCUAUUCUUUGUGUUUCUAAUUAAUUGAACUAAAUCUAAUUAUAUCUUCUGUGUUAAUUAUCUCGUGUUAAGAAGAUCGUUACUGUUUGUGUGCAAAAUUGGGCCAACUGCAUGAUUGAGGGUCGGUGUUCCAUCUCCGUGAUUAAAAAUUUCAUUUGAUCGCAUCUUUACAUCGUUAAUUGGUUGUUCCCUUUUUAACAGGACAGGCGAAAUGGCUUUUAAUCAACAACAAAUCAAUCAAUGAACUUUCCUUGGCCUUCUUCACUUUUUAUUUGGACUUUAUAUCAAAAAUUCCACUGAUUAAUGGAUGACAUUGGCACAAAACAACCUUUUUAACAUUGGGUACAUCUGGAAUAUUCAUCAUGUCUUAAAGACUAAAGGAAAAUGUUUUAAGGAACAGAUACAAUAACCCUACUGCUAUAAAUCUAGGGUUGAAUUGCUAUGAAAUAUUUGCUCUCACUUGAGAUUCAUAGCAACAUUUCUCUAUCUCUUUAUCUGGUGCUUUUGCAUUCUAAUUAAACUUGAAUAUAUUUCUAAAGGAGUUUGCAGCAUCUUUAGAUAUUGAUGAAGAUCACAGUUGGUAACCAUAGCGGUAUUUGUGUAAAAACAGAAACAAGAAAACCAUUGAAAUAUUGGGAUGGACAGAGAAUAAUUUGAAGGGAUUAAUGUAAUACAGUGAAACAGCUAAAGGAUUUGGUUUUGUUUUUAUUCCUUGGAGAAAUGUCAAAAGAUAUACAAAAGUCAUCAUAUCAGUGUGAUAUCAGUGAUAAACCAUUCUGUGAAAAUGAUAAUUUAAAAGUGCAGAAACAGAAUCCUUCAGGAGGAAAACGAUACCAUUGUGAUAUCUGUGGUAAAUCAUUCGCAGUAAAUACCAACUUGACUAGACACAAACGUAUUCAUACAGGAGAGAAACCAUAUCAUUGUGAUAUCUGCAGUAAAUCUUUCUCUCAACUAUGUAACUUGACCUCUCACAAACGCACCCAUACAAGAGAGAAGCCGUAUCACUGUGAUAUAUGUGGCAACUCAUUCUCGGAGAGUAGCAACUUAACUAGACAUAUACGUGUUCAUACAGGAGAGAGGCCAUUUCACUGUGACAUCUGUGGUCAAUCAUUCUCUGAAAGUGCCAACUUAACCACACACAAACGUAUCCAUACAGGAGAAAAACCAUAUGAUUGUGACAUCUGUGGUCAAUCAUUCUCUGACAGUACCAACUUAACUAGACACAAACGCAUCCAUACAGUAGAGAAACGAUUUAAUUGUGAUGUCUGUGAUAAAUCAUUCUCUAAAAAUAGUGAAUUAACUAAACACAAACGUCUUCAUACAGGAGAAAAACCAUUUCACUGUGAUAUCUGUGGUAAAUCAUUCUCUCGAAGUAGCGAUUUUACUAAACAUAUACGUAUUCAUACAGGAGUGAAACCAUUUCACUGUGAUAUCUGUGGUAACUCAUUCUCGGACAGUAGCAACUUAACUAAACACAAACGUAUUCAUACAGGGGAGAAGCCAUUCCUUUGUAAUAUUUGUGGCAAAUCAUUUUCUAGAAGUACUGCCUUAACUACUCACAAACACACAGUUUAGAAACUAUUACCCCGUUCAUAAGGCUAGGAAAGUUUUGCAAUAUUUUGAGUGCAAGAAUAUGGUGGUUAUUGAGUGGCCUCCACAGGGCCUGGAUUUGAAUCCAAUAGAAAAUUCAUGGAAUUAUCUUUCUAAAAGAGUUCAUGCUAAAAACCAACAAAUUUGUCCCAAUUAUAUAAUUUUAUUGAAGAAAUAUAGCAGAAUAUUCCAAGUGAUUUUUGUGCUCGUUUGUCGAACUCCAUGUCCCGCUGUAAUUGAAAAUAAAUGGUUAUGGAACUAGACACUAGUAAUAAAUUGUUCAUUGAU